AUGUACCAAGCUGCCUGGUUUUUCAGCGGCGCGUGGCUGCAGAACAAGUGCAGCACAUGCCAGCUCAUGGCUUACUUGCACAGCCUAUGGCUGCCGCAGCUCCGACGUGCGACAGACGAGCGCAAUGCUUGCAGACUUUUCGUGCGAUUGCUGGGUGCAUCCAUUCCCGGGCUUGCAGAGCCAGGAUUGCUCAUGCGCGAGCAUCCAUGUGUGGAAGUGGCAUUCGGUGAUGCAGUGAAGGAGUCCGAACCUGCUGAGUACGUCUCUGUGGGCACGCCAACUUUCGGACCAAGCGCCCGAAAGCCAGGUUUGGUUCCGACAGCGCUACAGGAUUGUGAGUGGCACUUCGGCGAUACGAUGGUCUUCACUGUUCAGCUGUCGGAGCUCACUUCCUGCGGCUUGUCCCUUCGUGUGCGCACACGGAGUGACAUGCGCCUGGGUCCCUUGCAGCUGGACCUGGCCCGGCCUAGCCAAGUGGGUUGCUGCACACUUGACAUGAGGCGUCGGAUCCUUCCAGCCUGCUCCAACCCAAAAGUGGCCCAGGUCGCAAGCAAGGUGGUAAAGGCCAAGGAUGAUGCAACCGCCCAUGCAGCUUCGCAAGAGAUCUGGGAGUCUGAGGAGAUCUGCUUGCCACUCGUUACAGCUGACGGCGCGGAUGAAGGAGCAUGGCUCUUGGUGAGUUUCGCGCUGUCUGCCAACCCGCAGUCGCUCGAAAAACUGGCUUCCCGGGCAGACAGGACUUUGGUUGAGCGAGUUUCUGAAAGUGUCUCAAACCUGGGCCAACAAGCCCAGCCAGCGUUGCAGUGGGCGGCAGAAUGUUGUGCCACAGAAACAGCGAGGAGCUCUCAAGAGCGGAUCGUCGUGUCCAUCCCAGCCAUGGAGCACGAAAGCACGGGCGUGGACUUAGGCCGCACCCAAGCAGGGGCGCCCGAGAGCCAGCAAAGCCGAGAGUGUGUUGCUGCGCCGCAACAGGAGAUAGAAGCAGAGCCUGCGCCAGAGCCGCCUGCCUUCCCGGAGACGGUUCAAAGCAGGCUCCCAGUUCGGAGCCAGUGCGGAAGAUAUCUCGUUUCACAGAAUCCCGCCGGGGCUGCUGCGGCCGGCCCUACCCUGCCCAUGCCGUACACCUUGAACCCAGCUUGGACGUGGUAUCAGAGGCCACAGCUCACUGCGCAGAGCGCCGGCUUGCAACCUCAAACGUGGGGCUUUCCACAGCCAGCUCCUGUGCCAGCUCACCUGCCGCACUAUGAUCCGCAUAGCAUUGCCAGCAUUGUGCAGAGCCUCACAACUCCCGUAGCUCGCGGUCAGCAGUUGACAGCUGCCUGGGGCCCACAGGGCCUGCUCCGAGUCGCGGGGGGAAACAGAGAUGCUACUCUGGUCUUUAGCCCCGUGGCGCUGGGAGACGUCCUUGAAGGUGCUCCGCGACAUGGAUCGGCGGGGAUCACAGAGGCACAGCUUUACAACGGGACACAUGCGAUGUUGCUGAGUCAGGCUCUCCUCAUGGCAACCGGUCAUUUUCCGGACCUGGGACCGCCCAUGCCGUACGAAUGUGCCUUCUUGGUGGCGAUCCUCGUUGCCCUGGUGUUCUCAGUCAAGGCCCGCGGAGAGGGCGUGUGGCCGACCCGAUUGGCUCCGGGCUCUCAUGGCCUCUGUGGAGACCCGGUGCAGGGACAAAGCAACCCUGUUCGGCUUCAAGAUGAGACCUAUCUCAAGGCCGGGGUCGUUACCGCAACGUAUGCGCCAGGAGAAGUGGUGGAGUUCCAAGUCGCAGUUAGUACACAUCAUCAAGGGCACUACGAGUUUCGCAUCUGCGACAAGCCGCUGGAUGCGGCGUCCCUCACCUCAGCUGCCGAAGGCCAAGCUUGUUUGGACCAAUGGUUGCUGCAGCGGGCAGCGCCCCUGGAUGACUGUGUGGUCAACGAUCCCAGGGGCGACUGCCAGCCACUGGACCCAGAGCAUCCUGAAAGAUGGUACUUGCCACCAGCUGGUUCACAGACGCAAGUGGCCGGGCGCGACUUCACGGACUCCAUGGCUCCCAGCUAUCCAUCCUCCUCGGAGGUGCACCGCAUGAGGUUCAAGAUUCCCGAAGGCUUGCAGUGCUCCAGGUGCACGCUACAGUGGUACUGGUCUUCCGGGAACACCUGCCUUUACGAUGGCGACUACUUCGACUAUUUUCGAGGUAUUGCUGCACUUGGAUGGGACGCAAGUGCAUGGCAGACCAACGUUCUGGAAAACUGGGCAAACUGUGCCAACAGCUGCUGCCAGACUGGUGGAACAUUCGGUGAGGAGUUUUGGAACUGCGCAGAUGUUGCGGUUGUGCCAAGUGGCGGCUCUUCGGCAACAACGACGGAGCUGUCAACCACGAGCGUUGCCACAUCAGAGACUCCCACCACUACCACUACAACUUCGGCAGCGACGCCUUUAUUUACUCCUGUGGAUGGAGGCGAUGGGCGGGCUUGUCGUGGAAGAAGUGCCGGGGAUAAUUCUGCGACCUACUAUGAGGUGGUCUCCGGGGUGACCCAGCUAGGGGACUGCAAGGCAAAAUGCGUUGCAACAGCAGGCUGUGUUGGCAUCGAACACAACCCACGUGGCCGUGGGCGGUGUGAGGUGUGGACACGGUCUGAGGGAAUCCAGGCUUCCAUUCCGUUGCCUGGCUUCACGUGCCUUAGACUGGGCGAGGCAUCUACUACUCGACCGAUCGGGUCGCUUGGAACCUUUGAGAGCCUUGGAGUGGGCACGGCCUGCCGUGGCGCAAGCCCCGGAGACAACUCUCCCAACUACUACUCGGUCGUCUUUCCGGCUUCUCUGGACUUUUGCAAAAGACAGUGUGCAUCUAGCGAGGGCUGUCAAGGCAUCGAGUUCUCUAACGGGGGAAGAUGCGAAGUUUGGACCCGAGCUAUUGAAGCGAGUGCUCCUGUCAACGGCUUCACGUGCUACACUUUCACUCCGCCUGGGGUCCCCACUUCAACAACCUCGACCUCGUCUCCGAACGCGUGCUCCAGCGCGUGGGGGGCAUGUGGCGGCCAGAACUGGGAUGGGCCAACCUGUUGUGAAGAUGGGUAUGUUUGCAUGGCCGAAAGCAUUUGGUACUCACAGUGUCGACCUGCUGCAGCUCUGGCUGAGAUGCCUGACCUUGCAACUCCUGAGCACAAGAAGCACCGCCGUUUUCGUGGAAGCACAUUUUUGCAAGAUGGCAUGCUCUUGGACCACAUGCUGGUAGAAGAGCUAUGA